AUUAUAAUUUUUAUAGAGACUUUGUCUGAAAUGAGAUCAGCAUAUGAAUAUGGCUUAAAAGGGACAGUGAAGGUGACAAGUCAUGACAAUUAUAUAUAAAAAGGGGGCCGGGAAGGAGUGUUUAGGUUGUCUGUCAUAGGAAUUGGAGACAAAGAGAAUUUGAAAACGGCAUCGGUUGAUCAAGACUGGUUGGAAAUGGAGAGCUGGGGGGUUUCGGAGCAGGGAUGGAGAAAAGGGCCAUGGACGCCUGAAGAAGACAAGCUGCUUGUUGAGUAUGUGAGGCAGCAUGGUGAGGGAAGAUGGAGCUGUGUGUCUAAGUCAUCAGGUUUGAAUAGGAGUGGGAAGAGUUGCCGGCUGAGGUGGGUGAAUUACUUGAGACCUGGACUCAAGAAGGGCCAUUUAACACCUCAGGAGGAAGGAAUAAUCAUUGAACUUCAUGCCCUUUGGGGAAACAAAUGGUCGACUAUAGCAAGAUACUUGCCGGGAAGAACAGACAAUGAGAUAAAGAACUACUGGAGAACUCAUUUCAAGAAGAGAAAGUCUUCUCGUAAUGAUCAAGAAGUGAAACGCAAAUUCCACAGGCAGAAACAGCACCACACACUGCAAGAAAAUGACAAGAAUGACAGCACUAAGGCUUCUCCUGAUUGUCAAUUAGCAGCAGAAGCGACCAGCGAUAGAGAGAAAAGCAAUCAGGAGAUGGAUGUAAGGGGGAACGUAAACGACAACGUCGAGAAUCAUCAUCAGUUGUUGCCGCUCAUGAUGUAUCAAGAUAGUUCAGCAUGGUUUGAUUUCAUCCCAGCUGAUAAUUACUUGUGGGGUGGAUUGUGGAACCUGGAUGAUCAAAAUGGUUGCAGCAAGAUGGCGAUUCAGGGUCAAGCCAACGGUGCUGAUUAUCCUCGUGGAGGCGGAGGCGGAGGCGAUCACGCCAUUAAUUACAUACAUAGUGGGGGUGGAGGGUACAUAUUCUGAUCAAAUAAUAAUGAGUUGAUUAAAUUAGUUAGCAAGAUUGAGGUAGUCAUAAAUUUGUAGGAUCAGCAGAUAUGUGUAUUUUAUUUGCUAUAUAUGACAGUUUGAUUGUUUGUUAAGUGGUAAUCAUUAACAUGAUGAUUUUUGUAAAAUGCUGUAAUAUUUCCGGCAAUGAUCACUU